AUGACCAAACAGAACAUGGAGUCACAGUCUGCUACAAUCAAGCGUCUUGAGACAACCGUUGGACAACUCUCAGGGACCUUGAACCAGAUGCAACAACAGCAACAACCAGGGAAGCUCCAUGGCCAAGGAUUGCAGCCUCAUCAAGCUCAAGCUGUCACAGUCCUACGGAGUGGAAAAAAGGUGGACAACAAAGUGGAGAUCCCUACUGACGAGCCCCCUAAGGAAACUUGUGAGGAGGAGAUGGUGAAAGAAGUACCCCCACCGAGAGAAGAAGAGCAGCAAGGAGAGCCCUCGGUGAAGCUUCACAAGGCCACCAAGCCUUACAGACCACCGAUCCCGUACCCAGGUCGGUUGAGGAAUGAGAAGCAAGAUCAACAAUUCACCGACUUCUACAACAUGUUGGCAAAGGUGAAUGUCAACUUGCCACUUCUGGACGUGAUUAGAAAUGUCCCGGCCUAUGUGAAGUUCUUUAAGGAGCUGACGUCCAAGAAGAAGAAGUUUGUUGACAACGAGAAGAUUCUUGUGUCCGAGGUUGUCAAUUCCAUCAUGCAACAGCCCUUGCCACCCAAGCAACGAGAUCCAGAUAGAUCAGUUAGGUAUCCUCGUGGGGUCAUUGAGGAUAUUUUAGUUAGAGUGGGUGGUUUAAUCGUGCCUGUCGAUUUUGUUGUGCUUGAAAUAGGAGAAGUUCAUGAGAAUGGCAAGGAACAUACUUUACUGCUAGGAAGACCAUUCAUGGCCACCACUAACACGUUGAUUGAUGUGAAAAAUGGAACAAUAAAAAUGACCGUGUUAGGAGAGUCCGUGUCUUUUUCUGUGCAUCAUAGUCGCGCUUUGCCAUCAUCUUCAUUUACUAAUGAAUGCUCCUAUAUAGAUGCUAUUGACGGCCUCGCCGAGAUGGUUUAUGUGCAGGAACAAGAGAUAGUGGAGGUCUUUGCAGGAUCGGCGGAUAUGGAGGAGUUUGCUCGGGAAGCCGAGGAAAGAGAGAGAGAACGAAGAGACAAACUCCCCAUUGAUGAGCCUGUGGUGCUUGAAGAUGCCACGAAGUGCAAAAAGCCCAAAUUGGAACUCAAGGAGCUCACUCAUGAUAAGAAGAAGCCCGUGAUAAUAUCCGUCGAGCUCACUCAUGAGCAAGAAAUGGCAUUGAUGGAGGUGCUAAGGAGCAACAAACUGGCAUUUGGGUGGGGCCUUGCCGACAUUAGUGGCAUUAGCCCAGCCACGUGCAUGCAUCGGAUUCAUCUCGAGGAGGGAGCAACACCUAAGAGGGAUGGCCAACGAAGACUAAACCCCAUCCUCAUGGAGGUAGUACGCAAGGAGAUACUCAAACUAUUGGCGGAAGGGAUCAUUUACCCUAUCGCCGAUAGUUAUUACCAAAUAGCAAUCGCGCCGGAGGACCAGGACAAGACGGCGUUCACCACCCCAUUUGAGAGUGGGCUAACUCUUAGUUGGGAAAAGAGUCACUUCAUGGUGACUAGUGGCAUUGUUCUUGGCCACGUUGUGUCAAAAGAUGGUAUAGAGGUUGAUAGGGCUAAGGUGGAGGUGAUUGAAAAAUUACCCCCGCCAAUUGAUGUGAAAGGAAUAAGGAGUUUCCUAGGUCAUGCCGGGUUUUACCGGCGUUUCAUUAAGGAUUUCUCUAAGAUUACCCAACCUUUAUGUCGUCUGCUUGCUCAAGAUGUGAAUUUUGAUUUUGAUGAAACUUGCAUGCAUGCUUUUGAAUUGCUGAAGCUUAAGUUGAGCACUGCACCUGUUGUUGUUGCACCCAAUUGGUCAUUGCCUUUUGAGAUUAUGUGUGAUGCAUCAAACUCCGCUGUGGGAGCCGUUCUUGGUCAACGUGUUGAUAAAAUGUUGCGUGUAAUUUACUAUGCUAACUUGACUUUGAAUAGUGCACAAGUGAAUUACACCACCACUGAAAAAGAGUUGCUUGCUGUGGUUUUUGCUUUAGACAAGUUUCGGGCUUAUAUCAUCGGGUCUAAAGUAAUCGUCCAUACUGAUCAUGCGGCUCUAAGAUAUUUGUUGACUAAGUCCCAAGCCAAGCCACGUCUUAUCCGUUGGAUUUUAUUAUUGCAAGAGUUCGAUCUUGAGAUUAAGGAUAGGAAGGGGAGUGAAAACUCCGUUGCCGAUCACUUAUCUAGACUUGAGCAGAAUGUGGUUGAAUCGAGUCAAGAUGUCAUACAUGAGUCCUUCCCGUUUGAACAUACAUAUGAAAUUGCCUCUGUGCCUUGGCAAUAUUAUUGGGAAGACCCUUACCUCUUCAAGUUGGGAAAGGACGAGGUGAUUCGGAGAUGCAUCCCGGAUGUGGAGCAACAACAAGUGUUGAAGCUUUGUCAUGAUGCCCAUUGUGGUGGGCAUUUUGGUGGACAAAAGACGGCUCACAAGGUCCUCCAAUCCGGUUUGUUUUGGCCAACUCUUUUCAAAGAUGCUCAUACUUUUUAUCUUGCUUGUGAUCGGUGCCAAAGAGUUGGGAACAUUGGGCGCAAUAAUGAAAUGCCCCUCACGAGCAUUCUUGUUGUUGAGAUUUUUGAUUUGUGGGGCAUAGAUUUCAUGGGCCCCUUCCCUAUGUCUUACGGUUUUGAGUAUAUUUUGCUAGCCGUUGAUUAUGUGUCCAAGUGGGUUGAGGCCAUCCCCACGAGGACAUGCGAUGCUAAUGUGGUCUUGAAGUUUGUGCAGGAAAACAUAUUGUGUAUGUUUGGAUUCCCCAAGGCUAUUAUCAGUGAUGGAGGCAAACACUUCUGCAACAAGCUUUUUGACAAGCUUAUGAGGAAAAACGGCAUUACUCACAAGGUUGCCACACCCUAUCAUCCUCAAACCUCGGGGUAA